AUGGAGUUGCAUUUACUACAGGAGCGGCACAAUAGGUGUGGCAAGUGGGUGGGUUCUGAGUUGACGAUACUAGACAUGACUUUCCAGGCUUAUAUGGGAAAGGAGGACAAGAAGCAUAGCAAUGGUCUAUUGAGAAUGGUGAAGGGCGAAGUGCCUAAGUUGGCUAAACCUUGGUCUUCUGUGAAGCACGUUUUAUGCCAUUCAACCUACAAAGGCAGAAGCAUUGGAUAUUACUUGUUUUCAAUUUAA